CACUUCUCAGUCGCUGGCGCUUGGAUCUCGUUCAAGAGCACGGAGAAAUAAUCAGUGUGCAAUGAGAAAGAAAGACUUCUAAAGUUCUACGCAUAAUUAUAAUAGUAUCGUCUUUGAUCUAGUCUAGUACAUGACUGUACUGUGGAGAUCCACGUGUGAAAUCGACCAAUUCUUUUACUCGUAGGACCCACCGCAUAUGCACAUAGCAUAGCAUUGCGGCAGUAAGAAGACUCUACCUACCGUCCGACCGUCCUUCAAAAAUGCGUGAUCCGCGCCAACGGCUGCGCGAUUUCGCCGACAGGGUGUUCGUGGGGUAUGCAAACCUGGUGGUGCGGAGACCGGCAGUGAUCGGCCUCUGCGGACUACUUCUGGCGGUAGCAUUCUCCUUGGGACUUCUUAUUGUUGAUGUGGAGAAGCGAGACUUGAAUGCUUUGUGGAUCGACCUGGACUCGCGUGUUGUUGACGAGCGGAAAGUUUUCGAGGAUGAGUUUGGUGGACUUACGAGAAAGACAACGUGUGCUGUGUCCGUGGCAACAUUGGGCGACAGUCUGUUUCCUGGUAGUAAUGAAACCAGCGCUACCACGGCCCGCACGACGCCCAGUGGAAAUGCAUUGGAUGCCCUUCAGGGCUGUAUGAAGGUAUGGCAAGAUACCGAAGUGACCAUGGACAACAAGAUCUUUGUGUUGCACGACGUAUGUGAGAGGCCACAGGUUCCUGUCCUCUUUCAGCCCGGGCAAAGCUCGGCUCAGCUAUAUUCCAGUUAUACGCGGUGCCUUCAAGCGAACCCCAUCUUCCAGCUUCUCUAUCAAGGCGUUCUUCUUCAAUACCCUUGGUUUAAUCCGUCCUUCUCUGCCUUAAAAAGUGCCUGGGGCUUGACUGAACUUCCAUGCUCCAGAGCAAGCGUUCUAGAUUGCUUCCGAGAGGGACAGAAUAUCGAUUGGCCUGAAGGCCUACGUGAACUGGACAGUGUGUCUGCUGCCGCCGCUGCAUCACUGACUACUACUUAUGGUGCAUUGGCUGAGGAAGUGGGUGCGCAACCCAUUCAAAGUCUGACGGUGUCUGCAUACUUAACCAAUAGCAGCCUGUUCCCGUGUUGGCUGCUAAGGAGUGACGGUAACAUCACAUGCCUUGGCGAAAUGGGUCAUUUUGUGUUGGAGCAAGGGGCUCUUAUCCGCUCCCUCUACACAGUAGAGCCUUUUUUCUCAGCCAUUGGUGCAAGCAGUACAACUCUCAUCAGCGCAACUAUACAGCAGUUCAUUAGUCAGGUUGGCAUGGCUACAAACACUCAGGAGCUGCAGACCAUUGCUAAGAAUGCCCAUCAGACCUUCUUUACCCUCCUGGGGAUGGCAGCACAGCAGGACAGGGAGGCAGCGUCGCUAGUGGCUUACAUGGACCUCCUUACCAAAAUCAAUGACCUACCGACAAGAACGAAUGAGCCGAUAGGGUCUGAAUGUGUACGAGAUACUUCCAUGGCAUACUAUACCGAUCGAGGCCAAACACCAAGUACACAGGAAAUGGGCCAGGCAGUGGGCCAGUUGCGGACGGCCAUCCUGUUUCUAGGGUCAUUGGGAUAUUGGUGGCGCCCAUCAUACCAGGCAAUGAGCAACAGUGACAUCCUGGAGCACAUCAACAUGGCAACCCACUCCCAAAUCAAUCCAGCCGUGCGAAACGACCCAACAGCUUGUCUCUCCGGAGAAGCUCGUUGCUGCCAGCAAUGGAGCAGUGCAACCAUCGCUACCAGCUUGAUGCUGUCAGGACAGGAGGCCAGUAAGGGAAUGCCAGUGGCAGGCACAGGAUUCUCCAGCAAGGUCUACAAGACCAUCACAACGAUUCGACUGGGUGCAGAAAACUACAAUGAGAACAAUCCAUUCUGGAUCGACCAAAUGAAGGCUGCUUUUCCCACCAUCGACUGGACAAAGGCAAAGAGAGAAGAACUAAUGGAAAAAUUGGAUGAGAAGAUGAAUGCUGGCUGGCUGAAGAUGUACAAGAGAGAAGUCGGAUCUAACUAUUCCAGUGGUGAGGCGUACAGUUCAUUUCGCCUGGACUUCAGCACGGGCAGCUCUCUAACUGAUAUCCUUAAAGAAGCUUCAGAACUAGAAGGCAACCUGAUUGGCUUGAGCUACGGUGUGAUGGCAGCACUUGUUGUUCUUUCGUUGGGCAACUAUUUAGAAGCUCUGGUCAAUAUCCGACAGAAAGAUUGUGCGCAGCGUUACAUGGUGGAUUCUCACGGCAUUCUCGGUCUCUGCGGCGUUCUGGUUGUGGCCCUUAGCAGUGUUGCAGGACUCGGCUUCUCGAGCUACGUGCAAAUUACGUUCAACCCACUGACCACCAGCCUGGUUCCGUUUGUAGCACUUGGUCUCGGCGUUGACGACAUGUUUGUGUUUGCGCACGCUGUGACGGUGCUGAAUGAUCGAUCGCGCAGCAUUGGCGAUAACAUGUGUGCCGUGAUGCGUUUGGCGGGGCCGUCGGUAUGCCUGACAUCGGUCGCAAAUGCCGUUGCCUUCAUUCUGAUCUAUUACGUGCCCGUGGCGGCUGUACGUCAACUCGUUUUAGUGCUGAUGAUCUCGGUGCUGGCCAACCUCGUGUUCCUGUUCUUGCUCUUUGUACCGAUCAUGGUAUUUGACUUGAAGCGUAACCAUGCUGGCCGAAUGGAUCUCAUCUUUGUUAAAGCGUCAGCCAAGCUGAACGACAGCGAGCGCUCAGACGAGGAGAAGAACACGCUAGUUGGAAAGUUCAUUGACAAAGUGUACGCCCCAGUGCUGAGCAAGGCGCCAGUGAAAGUCGCCGUGCUGCUCUUGUUCUCAGGAUUCUUUUGCUGGACACUGUACAAUGCUAUCGAGAACACAAAGCAGGGUCUGCGUGUCAGCGACAUAGCUCUAAAGGAUUCCUACCAGCGAGACAUGGCGAGGUUGACGGAGAACGAGAUCACAACCCAGUCAUGUUACCUAAUGGCCGUGACAAAGAACUACAGCUUCAGCAAUGCGGUCGGUCAGCAAAGGGUUAUGGACGCUCUCAACACCCUGGAUGAGAACACCUGGAGGAUCCGGGGAAUGCGGCUCAAUGACGCUAACUUUUUGACCAACGGCAGUUCAUCACUCCUGGGUUUUUACUCCGGCAUCCAGCAAUCGGGAGCACUAAACCCAUGCCCAGCUGCUAAUGUUUCUACGCCCAUUGCCGUACCACAGUGCUACGACACAUUCUUCAAGCAGUGGUACGCAUCCGUCGGUCCGUUCUACGCGCCGUUUUUGGUGUGCCACGAUGCCAACGGCAUGCGUGUUGGCUGUAACCAUGCCGACGCCAGUGUUCACGCCGUGCGUACACCUUUCAACCUGGAUAGACUGUACACACACGACGACCAUAUCAGUGCAAUUGAGGCCACGCGAGCACGCGUCGACCCACUGAAUGAUGACAAGAUGCAGCUAUUCUCUAUCGGCUAUAUCUUCUAUUUCUGGGAGCAAUACUUUGGAAUUGUCAACACGUUGAUUGCAGCUAUUGGCUUUGGACUUCUCGGCGUCUUCUUCGUCACAUUCAUCUUCCAGCUCAACCCAUGGCUGUCGGCCAUUGUAUGCCUGAUCAUUCUGAUGAUCGAUAUUGAGCUGAUCGGAUUGAUGGAUCCAAUCGGCGUCAAGCUCAAUGCCAUCUCCAUAGCUAAUCUAGUUGUGUCUAUCGGCAUGGCCGUGGAGUUCACCGCCCACUACGCCCGCGCAUUCCUCCUGGCACAGGGCAACCGCAAUGAGCGCAUGAAGACUGCGCUGCACGAGAUGCUGAAGCCGAUGUUCAACGGCGCUCUCAGCACCAUCAUUGCACUCUCGGUGCUGUCUAUGGCCCGCUUUCCGUUCUUCCGCAUCUAUUACGCCAUCACGUAUGUGCUGAUGGUUAUCAUCGCAUUUGCCAACGGCCUCGUACUACUUCCUGUGCUGCUGAGUGUAAUUGGUCCCGGAUCUCAAGCUGCUCCAGCCGGUCAUGACUACGACAAGCAGACCGACGAGGAGAUGCAUGCCCUGGACUCUGGCAAACAGGAGAGUAAGGCGGAUCUCGCAGCUGCUGCCGCUCGUGAUGCUUCCGCAGAGGAGCAGAUGAUGUACUGAUUCAUGCUGGGCGUACAUUAUACCUAUCUAUGUACAAUAUACUGUCCCCACAGGAUACCGCGAUUCCGCGGACGUGCAAUUUUCCGCGUUAUUGCCUGUCAUCCGCGUUUUCGAGAGAUUUUGCAUAAAACCCGCGUUAUUCAUGGGAACGUACAAGAAAAUAGCACAUGAUGUUGAAAAUGUACUACAAAGUCGUACCGGUGCAUGAGUUUGUACGACAAAGUUGCAUACUUGCAUGAAACUGCAUGCUUAAGUUGUACAAAUGACAGAGAACUCGUGCAUAAUGACCGCAUUAUACUGCAUAUUUGCCGCAUAAUGGCCCGUUUUCGCCCGCGUAAUUAUGCGCAUAAUUUUAGGAUUUCGUCCGCGAAAUUCUGUGGGGACAGAAUAUAGUACACGCUGCUCACAUCUCCUCAUCUAGCAUUGCUUUUCUGAUACUUUUACAUUGUACAAUUACUACUUCCGUUUGGUUUUCUCCAAUGUUUUCAUAAUAAUACGAUGGGUGGUGCAGUACAUGUACAUUUCAUUCGAUUCUUGGACACAUUUGACUGCCUAUUAUGAAAUUUAGUCUUUGUGUUUCUACUACUUUCUCCACAUCUGAGUGAUUUUAACUUUUCACUAGCCGGUUAGGGGCUGCUUCACUUUUAUCUUUCCCGUCCUCACCGACAAGCAUACCGAAUGCAGAGAUGCACUUCAGUACAUGUAUUGACUGCCUAUUAUGAAAUUUAGUCCUUGUGUUUCUACUACUUUCUCCACAUCUGAGUGAUUUUAACUUUUCACUAGCCGGUUAGGGGCUGCUUCACUUUUAUCAUUCCCGUCCUCACCGACAAGCAUACCGAAUGCAGAGAUGCACUUCAGUACAUGUACUUGCGAGUAGUACUGCACACUGUCACAUGUGCUCAAAGUAAGAAAGCUAUGCACGAGUAUGAUGCCAAUUGUGGUGCUGAGCACUGUGUGGACAGAGGAAGAUUUCCACUGCAUAUGCAAAGUAGAUUGAUCUUACAUCUUUGCCAUUUUUCUGCUCAGAUGGGGUGUACAUCA